AUGAAGAACCCAUCACUCCGGAGCCAAAAUCGCUGUCAGAUAUUGCGAUUCACCCUCCAUUGGAAGGAAAGCGUACAUCAUCCCUCCUUCAAUCCAUUUUCUCUAGCUGGACACGGAAUCCGUGCUUCCUCUCCUCCAGAAAAACAAUCGUCGCUACAACCUCGAUCUAACGAGCGCCCUUCUUCUCUCUCGCGGCGAAGUAGUGAACGUUCUCGCCGAAUCCGGCUUGGGUCAAUACGCUCAAUUCUACCCACUCAAUCGUAUCUCUGCUCUCCUUCUCCAUGAUGAAGCGCCCCGCCUGCUCCCUCUUCCGUGCUCCCGCCAAGAAGUCUUCAGCAGCA